AUGGGCCUUGCAGAAAAUGUCCUGCCACUGGUGACAGUGACCAAUGUCAUAUUAGGUUUUGUGGCCUAUGUUUUUUUCAAGUUCAGCUGGCAAAUCAUUUACAAUCGCUUCUUCAGUCCGCUCGCCAAGUUCCCCGGUCCUUUCUGGGGUUCUGUAACUCGUCUCUGGAUCGCAUGGCAGAAUCUGCAGGAAACCGAGGUUCCAACUGUCUAUGCGCUUGCUAAAAAACAUGGCCCUGUUGUUCGCAUUACCCCGACAUUGUUGCUGGUCAACGAUCACAAAAAGCUUCCGGAACUCUACCACCGCAAUGCAGACAAGACCGGGCACUAUAUUACGGGAAGCUUCGGUGAGACCGAGUCUCUGUUCAAUAUGAGGUCUCACAAGACCCAUGCCGGGUUCAGAAAGCACAUUGCCGGACCGUACAGCUUCAGCAACAUCAAAAAAAUGGAGCCAUUGGUUGAUGAGCGCAUUACCCAAUGGAUCGGCAAGCUCAAUGAAAAGUUCGCGAAGAGCGGCGAAGCCUUCGACUUCGCCUGGUGGGCAGUCUACAUGGCCUACGACAUAAUCAGCGAAAUCGGCUUCGGCGAGCCUUUCGGCUUCAUCGAAAAGGGCGAAGACAUCGGGGGCCUAAUCCAAGGCUUCCACGACGGUCUCCCAGCCUUCGGCCUCCUAGCCCGCUUGCACCCCUUCACCUCAUGGGUAAAGACCACCUUCUUAAAAAAAUACCUUGUCGCCAAGCCAGCCGACAACUCCGGCAUUGGUGUUCUAAUGCGCUUCCGUGACCGACUCAUCGACAAGCGCAUCAAGGACAUCAAAUACGGCAGGAAGCCCAACCGCACAGACCUGCUCCAGACUUUCCUUGAGGCUCUCACGGAAGACGGAAAGCCCCUUGAUCUGGAGUACAUCCGCGCAGAGGUUCUGCUCGUCCUCCUUGCUGGUGCAGACACAACAGGCACCGCCUUCCAGGCCAUGGUGCAGUUCCUCUUGACCCACCCGGAGGCGUAUAAGCGUAUGAUGGAGGAAAUCGACAACGCCGCUCGUAAGGGCCUUAUCUCAGAUAUGCCACAGUACGAUGAGGUCCUAGAGCACCUGCCUUUCUAUGUCGGCUGUGUGAAGGAGACCAUGCGUCUAUGUCCGUCUGCGCCGAAUAUCUUCCCCCGUUAUGUCCCUGAGCCGGGGAUCGAUCUUUAUGGUUGCUUUGCGCCGGCGGGUACGGAGAUUACCUGUAAUCCGUACCUUGUGCAUCGGGAUCCGAACCUUUAUGGGUAUGAUGCCGAAGAGUUUAAGCCAGAGAGAUGGUUAGAUGUUGAGAGGGCGAAAUUAUAUAAUAAGUAUAACUUUUCGUUUGGGUAUGGAUCGCGUUUCUUCCGCCAAUACAAGCCGCAGACUGCACAGGGUAAGCCUGAUGCUCAGUUCAUGAUCAAAGGUGGUGUUGGCUACUGGAGAGAUGUGUGGUUGAACAUCUCUCCCCGGGCAGAGGUGAAGGCUGAGUGA